AUGGAUGGCCCACUCCGAUUUGCAAACGCCAGUUCAUCAGUCUCAAUGCCGACUUCGGGACCUUUGCAGCUCAUUGACUACCGAUGGGAUGGCCGUUUCAAAUCUUCAGGCAGCUUCCUCGCUUUGGCAGCACCUUUUACCAUUUGGGUCGUGCGUAUGAUGAUGCAUGAAGGUGAGCCCACCAUCGAUUUGCAGAUGUGGCUAGACUUAAGGGCCGCAGCGUGCGAGCAAGGACGUGCUUUGUCCUUGGCAUGGCUGCGAGCACCAGAUGCCAAAUCCACAGGUGUGCUGCUGUUUUCGACUCCAUUCGCCGUGUGCGCCUGCAACACCAAAAUGCCUACAAGACCGCAGGUGGUAGCAUCUUACGACAGGCCUCAGUUGAUAGCAUCAGCGCUACCAGACAGGCUUGUGUCAGUCGAGCUGCAGACUGGCGUCAGCCUGUUUGCUGGUUCUGUCGCAGGAGGAGCCCCGUUGGGUGGCAGGUUUCAAUCCACAACAAGACUACGCGCUCGCGUGAGGACGCGCCCCGUCAGCUGUUGUGAGGUUCUUGGCACUCUCUUGCAAGACAGCUCGUGGAUGAAUGAGACCGAUUGGCGUUUGACACCGGCUGAGUUGCCGAAGGAGGUCGAUGACAAGCAGCUCUGGCCGGCAGCGGCUUGCGCCGAGGCGCCCCCGCAGCUGAAGGACGUAGCCGGGACGGUCCUUCGUCUGGCCACGGCUGCACACGACGAGUUUCGAGCUUUAGCAGCAAUUCUUUGUGGUCUCAGCUCCCGCCGAGGUUCAGGUGGCGAUGUGGCUCCCGCUCGGGUGGCAGCUCAAAUCGAAGACACGCUUCACCGCUUGUGGAGUGGCCCAGCUCGCAGUCCAAUGGUGGCUACUGCGGGCUCAUGUCUCAUGACCUGCUCAGUUCUCGUAGGAGGUGCUCGAGCAGAGGCUCUGGCUCUGGCUGGCAAUGGGCUUGUCAAGCAGGAUCUGCUGCCACUGGGUAUUUUGCUACCCGCUGUUGUACGACAUGCUUCAGAGGCCAAGCCGUCGUAUUUGGGCCUGACGCUGCUGAGCCGGGACACGGCGUGGCCAAUGGCAGUGCAGGCAACGCCUGGGGAGUUCCAUUGGUGUGAUGCCUUUCAGAGCCGCGCACCACUUGUCGAGGCACUUGUGGAGAAGGCUGUCAUUCUCCAAUCUACGAAGCCUACCCGGAGUUCAGGGCUUCCUGAUUGCUCAGCAUCAGCCAUACUGGAGCAGCCUUUCAGUGAAGCCCCGCCUUUGCGCAAAGCUUCACAGGCGUGCCCGCUGCACACCGCCACCGUUCUUCAAUGGCUUGGACUUGGGUCCACGCAGGUGCAGGUGCGUUCCUUCAAGGCCAUCCAGCAGGAGGCGGAGGAAAGCCCGAGCAGCCGCGAAGAAAGUCCUGGACGUGGGGACAGGGAGCCUGUGAUGCUUCCCAGUGGCCUUCUCGUUUAUUGGCGGUGUGCCGAUGGAGAAGGCAAUGUGCUUCGGGACAGCGGUGGCUGUGGCCGAGCAGGGGCGCUCCGCGGCGGAAGCUGGCAAGGACCCUUAAGCCCUGAUGAUCCCAUGGAGCCCACAGAUGAGUGGGGACAAAUGCUGUUGCCCAAUUUCGCCGUGCAGUUGUGCAAUGCUGAGCUGAGCUACUCUGGUUCCAGUGCCAGCGACCGCAAGCAGCUCGCCCUCGUUGGUGGGGAGAGGGCAGGUACAGAUCUGCAGGUGCCUGCGGACAGUGAUGGAAUCGAUGCCAUGCCAGGAUGGACGGUCGAGCUCUGGAUGCGCAGCACACCAUCGAGCCCUAAAGAGGAUCUUCAAAUUGUGCGCCGGGCCCACUCUGGCCAGUACUGGUCAUUGUGCUACCGGCCCAGUCGUCCUGGCUUUGUCAUGGUGGCCUCUGGGCAAACUUCUCCAAUCUUGGAGGGCGCCUGUGAGCCCCUGCCAUCCGGCGAGUGGAUUCAUUUCGCCCUGAGAUCUGACUUGAACUCGUUGGAGGUGUGCUUGGAUGGCCGGAUGGUCGUUAGCUCUGCCAUCUCCUUGCCGUCGGCGCCUCUAGAGGCCAAUAUUUCAUUUGGUCCCGCCGAGUUGGACAUCACUGAGGUCCGGAUAUGGGGUGUCUGCCGUUCUGACAAUGACCUGCUGCACUUUCACCGCCAAUGCCUGGAUACUGUACUGAGCGGAGAGCUUCGAGGUGAAGCAUGGAAGAAGGUUAAGAUUCGUGCCGCCACGGGGGCAACGGGAGCAACGCACCAAGGUGAGACGUCGGGGCUAUGGGGCAUCACAGACAUGCCGAAGCAAGGUGGUCGGAGCCGAAAAGCCGAAGCAGAGGAUGAGCAGGUGCAGAACUCCUGGCCAACCGGCUUUGAAGGUGGCUCUCGGUCACAAGAUUUGUGGCCACAAUUGCCUUUCGCAGAUGCUUCUGGAUUCGAUGCACCGUGGCCGGCGCCUGCUCGAGGUGCAAAAACCCCAGACACACAGGAAGCCACAUCAUGCGCUACAUCAAGUUGGCAGCUGGCGCAGAAGGAGACGCAGGGUUUUGCAUCACCACAGCUGCCAGCAGCUCAACCGGCUGCAUCCCUUACGGUUCCAUGGAGUCAAGCUGCACCACCUUCGGUGGCAUACAAGCCAACUCCUCCUCCUCCCGAGGACUCGGCCCAUCGCACCCGAGAGAUCCCUGCUACAACUCCGCCUGUGGGCCGGCUCAUGCAAGGCAUCCUGGAAAGAAAGAGGGCCGAAGAGGCCAAGAGAAAGACUGUGACUGAAGAUGCGUCGCCCGCGCCGUCCGCGGUUCCCGAGCAAGGGAGCAAACAAAGCAGUGUUCGGUCACCUGAUCUGGCUCCAAGCCGCGGGCAAGCUCCAGCGAGGGGCCCUCGGUCAUCACCUUUGCCGCCUUCACCGCCGCCAGAACCAGCAAGGGCCCAGGCACCAGCGCUGAUGCAGGUGCUGCCGCCUUGGCCUGGGAAGGCGGUGCCUGCGGCGGAUGCCUCGUUGAACGCUGCCGUGGCUGCCCUGGAGCGGCAGGAGUAUUCUUUUGCCGUGGCCGCAUUCAAAAGCUGCAUUCCACAGCUGCUCAAGUCAGGCAUCAUGGCUUCAGCACCAGCUGUUCGUCCGCGCGUUCAGGCGGCAGUAAACUAUAUGAACGUGUGCCAGCUGCUGCAGCACAUCCAGGAAAAGCAAGAAGCAGUCACGAAGGCACCGGGCGACGCCCUGGUCAAGCACGAGCUGUGCCAGAGCUGGGAAUGCGUACUUCGCCUUGCGAAGGCACCGCGUCACACUAUCCGGUUCAUCAUCCACGCCAUGGCAAGCUUGUUCCACUUUGCGCGUGGCGCUGGAGGGUGGGCUGCCGCGCAUCACCUGGCACAGGUGUUGCUCCAUCACCAUGACGCCUUUCUGGAUGGUGCAGAGCGCAAGCAGGUGAUGCACGUUCUGACGACCACACGGCAUGGGCGCUUGUCUGGGUGUUUGGGAACCGAGAUGACCAACGCGUGUCCUGUGUGCAGAGCCCCCGCAGACUUCCUUGCACCGGCCUGUGACAGCUGCCAUGCUGUGUUUGGAGUCGAUUUCCAGAAGCUCACCAUUUGUGAUGUACGGAAAGCCACGACUUGCACAGUGUGCAAAGCAACUUUCGGACAAGGCGAUUCGGUGCCUGUGCAGAAUGAACGUAGAAGGCAAGCGGGGCUGACUCAACCAAUCAAGUCCACUUUGUGUCCAGCAUGCGCCGUCGGGGAGCUCUACAAAAUUCAUUCUACUGCAUCGUUUUAG